CAGAUUGCAAGAGCCUGUCCUGGAAAACUGUCCAGGCUUGUCAGGGGGAAGACAUAGACAGCUCCUUGCAGCUUCUGAAGACAAUCCCUUGCUUGGCUGGAAGCGCAUGUUGUAGCUCAGCAUGAGUCCUUUCACACACACGUUGCUCUAUUGCGCCCUGCUCCUUUUAACCCUUAAGGAGCUGACAGAGGCAUGCACCUGCGGUAUGUCUCACCCCCAGGAGCAGUUCUGUAAUUUAGAUGUUGUGGUUCGUGCAAAAGUAAUGGGUGAAAAGAGAAUUUCCUCCCCAGGACCUAAUGACAUACAAUAUAAGAUCAAAGUGAACCAGGUAUUUAAAGGAGAUAAGUUGACGAUAUAUCUACAGGAGGUGAGAACCUCAUCUGGAGAUGCUACUUGUGGGAUAGGACUGGAAAACCAAAAAGAAUAUCUUCUAGCAGGCAAUAUGAAUAAUGGCAAAGUCGACAUCAAUUUGUGUGGCCUUCAUCAAACCUGGGAGACUCUGUCUGCGUUCCAAAUUAAGAGCCUCAGUCAACCAAAUGAGGGAUAUCAGCAGGGAUGUCAGUGUAAGAUCAGAUUUUGUACCCCGGAAACCUGCGAUAGCAAGGCACCAGAUGAGUGCGUCUGGAGCGACCUGCAGGAGACUGAGAAUCUAUAUAAAGAGCACGCGUGCCUUAAAAAAGAAGACGGAUCUUGCAGCUGGUACCCAAGUAUACCUGGCAAGUCUACUCACAACAGCCACCCAUAGAUGAUCUCCAUGGUCCCACGGCUGGUUUGAUCUGCUGGAGCGAAUGGAUCACAAACAACACAAUGAACUGUACAGAAUGUGUAAUGAAAUUGUGGAGCUGGCGCUUUUUGGGGUAGAAAAUAAAGGAAAUCAAUAAAGGAACGCUUUUAAUAGUAUUUGAGCAAAUAUAAGUAUAAAGAAAAUUAAUAACGCAAAAAACAAGCAGAAUUAUUCCUCCUCAUAUUCCUAGAAAAACUAUUUUCGAGAUCAAAAAUUCUGCUCCAUGGCUACGUAGGCCUUUAGAACCUGUCUCAUUUAUAAGGUGUAAUUUUUGCAGAUAGUUCUCAAUCCACAAGAUAAGGCCUCAUGCACACAGCAGAGCUGGAGGUGGCACUCCGAGUCCCAAAACUGCAGGGACCCCGUGUGAAGCAAUUCCAUGACUAACUCCCCUAGCGUCAAUGCUUCUAGGUUAGGAUAGGUUCCAGCAUGAAGCCUAAGAGGGAAGCCGUGGCUUGUGACCAAUGCAUGACCACACUGUAGCUUACAACUACAAAUGAUGUGUGGUUUUACCACAUAUCGUCAAGGUUGGGCUAUGUGGUUUUUGCACGUUUUUUUUAACAUAUUUUACCCUAAAAAAAUGUCAGUAAUUUGUGGUGAAGCUGCUUGGGGCUGUACUUUUUGGUUGCGCAUGGUCUCACACUGAUCCUUUUCACAACUGUGAGGGAAAUUAGGUUUUAGUGAGAUGCGUACUGCUUUUCUGUAUAUUUAUGACUGAAUCGGGAUAUGAUCAUUGUAAAACAAAUGAAUAAUCCACACAUUCAUUUAAUGAGACAAAGUCCUUCAAUGAUUGUUAGUGUAUUCAUCAAUUAGAUUCAUGUGAUGUUCUACUACAUCUGCUUCUGAAAGGGAUUCUCCUACUUGGACAACCACUUUUGUUAGAAAGGUUCCUUCACAAUACAAUGACCACCACGUGUCCUCCUGCUGUGACCCACAGCGAUCAGCUGUAACCAGGUGUCCUCCUGCUGUGACCCCCCAGUGAUCAGCUGUAACCAGGUGUCCUCCUUCUGUGACCCCCAGAAAUUAGCUGUAACCAGGUGUCCUCCUGCUGUGACCCCCCAGCGAUCAGCUGUAACCAGGUGUCCUCCUGCUGUCACCCCCAGAAAUCAGCUGUAACCAGGUGUCCUCCUGCUGUAACCCCCAGUGAUCAGCUGUAACCACGUGUACUCCUGCUGUAACCCCCAGAAAUCAGCUGUAACCAGGUGUCCUCCUGCUGUAACCCCCAGUGAUCAGCUGUAACCAUGUGUACUCCUGCUGUAACUCCCAGCGAUCAGCUGUAACCAGGUGUCCUCCUGCUGUAACCCCCAGCGAUCAGCUGUAACCAGGUGUACUCCUGCUGUAACCCCCAGUGAUCAGCUGUAACCAGGUGUCCUCCCGCUGUGACCCCCCAGCGAUCAGCUGUAACCACGUGUCCUCCUGCUGUGACCCCCCUAGCGAUCAGCUGUAACCAGGUGCCCCUCCUGCUGUAACCCCCAGUGAUCAGCUGUAACCACGUGUACUCGUGCUGUAACCCCCAGCGAUCAGCUGUAACCACGUGUACUCCUGCUGUAACCCCCAGCGAUCAGCUGUAACCACGUGUACUCCUGCUGUAACCCCCAGCGAUCAGCUGUAACCACGUGUACUCCUGCUGUAACCCCCAGUGAUCAGCUGUAACCACGUGUACUCCUACUGUAACCCCCAGCGAUCAGCUGUAACCACGUGUACUCCUGCUGUAACCCCCAGCGAUCAGCUGUAACCACGUGUACUCCUGCUGUAACCCCCAGCGAUCAGCUGUAACCACGUGUACUCCUGCUGUGACCCUCAGAAAUCAGCUGUAAUCUGUGUGGAAAGCUGAAAGUAAAGGUAUUUGCAGAAUCCGUGGCAGGGUGACCCCUUGAUUUCUGCUGUGGAUUUUUUUGUUUUUUUUUUGUUAUGAGCUGUCGCAGAUUUCUGUUUAGGUGCAUGGACUGAUGCAGGAUGCUCCUAAUUUAUGACGCAUACUCCGGCAGCGCAGGGGAGUGCUGGUCUUGAUAAAUCUCCCCCUGUUUUACUUCCCUGCAGCGCCACUAUAAGUAAUAUUAAGCAAUACACAGUGCUCAUUCCAAUAAAUAGGCUGACUUGUAUGUCUUAUGACUACCAGCAUUCCCCAUGUAAUAACAAUUCUGGUCCAUUUAACCCUAUGACUCUAUGUUGUACCAUUUAUUAAUAAUUCCCACUAGACGUUCAUGAAUGAAUUACUAGCUGUUUGCAAAGAAGGUCCAGCUGGGUGUUACCAGUUGGGGGGGUGUCCCUACACAGUCUGACACUGAGAGCACUGAUUGGAUGGUUUCAGACUGUGUUGCAGUAGCUCUUCUCCAGGAAGGUCCAGAGCACUUCUCCUCGCAGCAUCCCUGUAGUGGUACCACAAGGAAAUGGAACACCUGCUGCCAGGUUUUAUCUGCAGAUGACAGCUGAGAGCUCACCUAAACCUUGCAAACAAAAAAUGGGUUCUCCAAAGCAGACGAUCCCUUUCAGAGAUUUUGAGAUAUGUACAGUUAAGACGUGAACACGUGUUCGGAAUAGAAAAAUUAUUUUAUCCGCAAAUAAUAUAUAAAUUUCCAUUAUGCUUAACAUCUCAUGGUGAGGCUCUGUUGCCUUUGGUCGCAUUACAUGUAUAAUAUGUUGUCUUUGGUCACUGUAUGACUAUGCUACUAUAAGUUGUUUUGGGUGACUGCAUGUCAGUACUAUUCUACGCUGACUUGCGUCAACCUACAUCUACAGCCUGAGCUUUUAUUUGUGCAAUUCUAUAUACUCUUCUGUACCCUGGGUGAUAGCCUAUAACUAGGCCUUCUAUCUAGGGAUGUUCGGGUUCGGCGUUCGGGUGGCGUAGAAAUUCUGUUAUGGAUUUCCGAGACGGAAUGCAAAAUGGAGGCCUUUAAGAGGCAUUCCAUUUUGAUCAGUUAUAACAGAAGUCUAUGGCCAAGCAUAAAGGAUCCGUCUCGUUUCCGUUGUACAGGAAGGAAAACAAAGUCCUGCAGAGCAGAAACCAGACGGAUCCGUUAUGCUUGGCCAUAGACUUCUGUUAUGACAGAUCAAAAAUGCCUCUUAAAGGCCUCCAUUUUGCAUUCCGUCUACAAAUUCUGUUAUAACACAAUGCAUAACAGAACUUCUACACCCAAACGCCAAACCUGUUUUACAGGGAUUUGGGUCCAUUAUCACCUUCUUACCACUGAUUAAACUUGGAAAUCAUAUGUGUCCUGAUGGGCUUCAGUAGUCCAGAGUGACCUUAGGCUAGUUUCACAUCUGCAGCUGUCCUCCCCGGCAGGCUGUUCCAGCACAGAGUUCUCCAGAUCCGGCAUUGCCAGAUACUACCGCCUGCCUGCCUUAUAUUCAACGGCUCUGGCAGAGAUACGGCCGCUGCCCGGCAAAUGUGCCGGGAAACGGUCAGACAAAAACAGCUGCACGAAUCCCGGCAUUCUAUGCUGAACCAGGCCGCUGGAGAGUACAGCCGCCCCCGUGUGAAACUAGCCUUCAACGUAAGCAUUUGUUUUAUUACAAUAAUGAAAAAGUGAAAAGGGAGAGCGCUGAAAAAUGCCUAUAUGACUAAAGUCAGGAUAAGAGAUGGCUGAACAUAAGAAACAUGACACACACAGAUGAGAGAGGGCCUCCACGGCAUAGAUCAAAGCUUGAUCCUCGGUACAAAUCCUCGCCCCUUUGCUUGCUAACAAUACAGUUUCUCUGAAAUUGCACAGGCUCUUUCAAUUCAGCCGAAAAAGCAAUAGGACCAAGCAGGUCUCUGUCCCCUCAAUCCACUGCCCCCAUAGAAUUAGUUGGACUGUAUGAUAUGCACACCCUUGGUCAAUUAUGAUGCACAGUGGGAAUCCAGAUAAGGCAAGUUUUAUACUAGUGUUAGAGAGCUUCCACAGAUUGCACCGGCAGGGAACAGCUGCCAGAGCUUCCUAGAUCCGUUGUUUCCAGAAGUUGCCUAAAUGCUCACUGGCCCCAUUAACUGUCCGCAACCCGGCAAAACUGCCGCGCACAGCGGUAUUUGUCCGGCCGAUUCUCGGCAUAUUUGCAGCCGGCAUUCAGGCAGCUUCGGGCAAUGCCAGAACAGCCUGUGGGAGUUGUGAAACUAGCCUAACUCAAUUUGACCAAGAAUGUCCCCUCUUAGAACAUAUCUAGUCUCACAGAAUCCCCUGAGCUGACCAUCCAGUUUAAGGAAUGCAGUAUGUGAUUCUUAAGACAGAGAAAUGAACUAAUAUGGUAAGUCAGAUAUGUUAAGGAGAUCCUGUAACCUCUCCUGACAUGUCUGGUUUAGCAUCUACUCGCAUUCCCCAUGUAAUACCAAUUCUGGAGCAUCUAAUCUUAUGAUUCUAUGUUGUGCCAUUCCUUUAUUAUUCCUGCUAGAAGUUAUGAAAGAAUUGCUAACAGUCUGCAAUGAAGGUCCAGCUGGGUGUUACCAGUUGGAGGGGGGGCGUGUCCCUGCACAGUCUGACACUAUUCAACCAGUUCUGCCAGUGUCAGCCUGUUCAGGGACACCCCCCCCCCCAACUGGAUCUUCACUGCAAACUGCUAACAAUUCAAUCAUAACGUCUAGCAGGGAUAAUAAAGGAAUGGUACACCAUUAAGUCCUAGGAAUCGAUGCUCCAGAAUAGUUAUUACCUGGGGAAUGCAAUGAAAUACAAAAACAGACAUGUCAGGAGAGGUGACAGCUCCUCUUUGAGGUUGUGGUAAGAGGAUGCGGGGUGCGCACUGACAUCUGAAGUAUGAGGACGUACUGCAGAAGCUUUGCAGCAUGUCCUAUCUGUUGUGGAUCUUACAUCGUACCAACAGUAUAUAGGAUGAUGACCAUUAUGCCUUGUCCUUUGUCAAUAUAUGUAUGUCACUGCAUAAUAUGUCUCAUGGACUUGUCCUCAAUUAGAGUUUUUAAAUAAAGGAUUAAUAAACAUGUCUGUCCAUAAGUGCUUGUCACUGUAAAUACUGUGCAAAAAUCUAAUAACAAAUAAAAAUCAAAGUCUUUA